GUCCGUGAAUCUGAAAGUCACGCUGUUCACCGGUUGAUCUUGAAUUUCACCUUAAAGUUGGCUGUCGUUUUAUACAACAUUCUUUCGUUAGUUAGUUAAUUGAUAAAGACGUUCAUAUGUAGCAUUCGUUUUCCAUCGUUUCAAGCGCUAACGCUGGUGUUGUGUUUUGACAGUCAGCGUGUGUGGAAAUCUGGAAGCUGAUAAUGUCUUAUGUUUAUAUGCAGAAAUUAGACAUUUAAGAUUUUAUUCUAUCCAGAAGAAUAACCUUUGUUUCGGAGUGACAGCCACAGCAUUCCUGUGGAAGAAGAGUGGUUUACAGUCAUCAUGUUAGGACACCUAGCGAGAAGACUGGGCCUCCAGCAGAUCAGAGCAGGUCUCAACCAGCCGCUCUCUGAGUCUGACACGCGCCUCCAGUCCUCACUCCACACCAUCAGAACUAUCUCGAUGAUGCCGCUGUGGCCGUUCUCAUCGCAGCCACGGGACUUCAGCCAGCCCAACUCCACAUGGAGUCCAGAGAUGUGCAAGGUUUACGACCACUAUAAUGCACUGUGUGACACUGACACAGAAAACGGUGAGAAAAAAAGGGGCCCUUGGAGGAAGUUGCCCAGCUACAACCGUUCCAUUAAAUAUGCUACUGGCGGCAUACACCUCAGCAAAAUGAUCAAGGCCAAAGCUCGACUUUUCACAAGAAAUUUUAAAGAGCAGGGCGCAACGUUUGAGUAUGUGGUGUUUGUCAAUAAGGAGGAGAAGAGAUGCGUUUGUGUGUUUCAGGCAGGACAUUUACUAGAAGGUGCACCUGGGCAUGUACAUGGUGGAGCUAUAGCCACCAUGAUUGACACAGUGACAGGUACUCUUGCCGGUUUCCUCUCAGGACCUAUUAUGACUGCCAAUCUCAACAUCGACUACCGCAGUCCAAUGCCUCUGGGUAGUGUGGUUUUAAUCCACAGCGCUCUGGAUCAAAUAGAGAGGAAGAAACAAUACAUCACUUGUAAAGUGACCAGCGCUGAUGAGUCCAAACUCUACACUGAAGCCACAGCUCUGUUUGUUUCAAUAAGUGUGGACCAUUUAUUUGGAUCACGAAACUGAAAGCAUCCUGGACCCCACCACUGAGUCAUGGUGUGUGUGCAUGAGUGUACACACGUGAGUGAGAUUGUGGAGUGUGUGUGCAGUGAACAUCAGAUCAAGCUAAUGUUUUACCUCAGCUUUCUGAAUGAGCUAUUUUUUUAAAGUGAUGCACUUACAUAUACCUGCCUCAUAUUUUGUUAUUGUAAAAAUUAAAUCUUAUUAACCCUGUAUAUUUAUUGAUACAUUUACAUUUUUGUUGCAAACACAAGUUUUGUUACUAACUUAUAAUUUAUUCAUAAUGGUGACAUUUAUUUUCUUUAUAAGUAUUAAAAAAUGAAAAUCUUUGUAAUAUAUUUUUAGAAGUACUAUAUUAUAUAUUGUGUUACAGAGAAUUGGACAUUUUGUUAUAAAUGGAAAGGUGUGCCUUUAAAUUAUUUUAUUUCUAGUGAAUAACACCACAUUUAUAUCAAUCUUCAUUCUUGCCAUUAAAGCCAGUAAUCAAAAAUG